CUUUCCUCCCUCCCUGUCUCUCUCCUCCCAUCGGCCGGCCCCAAGGCAAGCAAGCGAGCGAGCGAACGAUGGCCGCCGUCGCCGUCGGGAUGGCUCGCCGCAGCGGCACCCUCCUCCUCCUGCUCACGCUCGCCGUCGUCGCCGGGACGGCCUCGGGGUCCGCGCUCGUGGGCGACCGGUGCGCCGCGGGCUCGCAGUCGCCGUGCGGCGCCGGGAUGUGGUGCGCCUCCUGCUCCCCGCUCGCCGGGUCCGGCACCGCCGUCUGCUCCCGGAUCACGCCCAUCGACCCCAAGACCCACGGCACGGGCCUGCCGUUCAACAAGUACUCGUGGCUCACCACGCACAACUCCUUCGCCAUGGCCGGCACCACCUCCCCCUCCGGCGCGCCCAUCGUCUCCCCGCCCAACCAGGAGGACACCGUCACCAACCAGCUUAAGAACGGUGUGAGGGGGCUGAUGCUGGACACGUACGACUACAAGAACGACCUCUGGCUCUGCCACUCCUUCAGCGGCAAAUGCUUCGAGGUCACCGCAUACCAACCGGCGUCCAAGGUGCUCAAGGAGGUGGAGGGGUUCCUGAACGCCAACCCGGACGAGGUGGUCACCGUGUUCGUCGAGGAGUACUCCGCCCCGGGCUCCCUCGGCAAGGCUCUCUCCGCCGCCGGCCUCACCAAGUACUUGUUCCCGCCGGCGAGCAUGCCCAAGGACGGCGCCGACUGGCCGACGCUCAAGGACAUGAUCGCCCGGAACCACCGCCUCCUCGUCUUCACCUCCAAGCAGGGCCGCCAGGGCUCCGACGGCGCCGCCUUCGAGUGGGACUACGUCGUCGAGACACAAUACGGGAGCGAUGGGCUGGCGGUGGGCGCGUGCCCGAAGCGGGCCGAGUCGAAGCCCAUGGACUCCAAGGGGCAGUCGCUGGUGCUGCUCAACUUCUUCACCACCAACCCCAGCCAGAGCUGGGCCUGCGUCAACAACUCCGCGCCGCUCGUCUCCAAGCUCCGGGCCUGCUACGACGCCUCCGCCAAGCGCUGGCCCAACUACAUCGCCGUCGACUUCUACAUGAGGAGCAGCGGCGGCGGCGCCCCCCUGGCCACCGACGUGGCCAACGGCCGCCUCCAGUGCGGCUGCGACAGCAUCGCCUACUGCAAGGCAAACGCCACAUUCGGAACAUGCGCGCUCCCAUCGUCGCCCCUGACCCCGGCUCCCUCGUCCUCGCCGUCACCCUCCCCGCCUUCGGCUUCCUCCUCGUCAAAAUUUUCGGCAUCGGCUCGAUCACCGUCAUCGGCAUCAUCUCCAAAAGGAUCACCGGGUCCAUCUUCGUCGCCGUCCGGGUCAUGGCUGCCGUCUCCAGCCCCGGCUCGGUCGUGGUCGUGGUCUUCGUCGCCGGCAUUGUCCCUGUUUUCUUUUAUGGAUUCGUCGAUGGAGCUUUCUCCACCCGAAUCUCUUUCUUUGUCGCCGUCUUUGGCCCCGUCUUCAUGGCCCUCUCUGGGUUCCGCUGUGUCUUCGACCCUCUCUCCACUACCGUCGCCCUCUGCUUCCUCCUCGUCAUCGCCACGGCGGUCGAAGAAGUCUCCAAAGAGCACGAUCAACGUGAUGUCGGUGAAUGAACUCCUUCCAGAGAGUACAACAACAGAUGAAGGCGCUGCGGCAAAAGCGUCGCCGAAGAGUACUCCAAAUCAAGGGAUUGCGCCGGAGGCAUCUCCCAACGGUACUCCAGAAUCAGGGGCACCACAGAGAACGCUUCCAAAGAGUAUCGCGGAGCCGCCGACACCCACGUCGCACCCCGAGGCCAAGGACGCCUCCAGUGCGGCGAUCCGGCCCAAGACCCCUCGCCGGAGCUCCCUCAUCGGGACCGCGUUGCUCGUGCUCAUCUCAUUGUCUUGAAGCUUUGGUCAGAGGUGAACGACUGUGCUGGAUACGUAGUCGACCUCAGAUAUGUGGAUGCACUUGUCAGCUUGCUACUUGUACUGUUGUACAAUGGCAGUGUAUAGUCGAGCUGAUAGUUUUUCACUCUUUCUCGCGGUACUGAUGCUAUCAGUAAGUCUCUUCCAGCAUCGGUGGGUAGCCAUGCACAAAUAGUUAGUGCUACUUCGAUUCUCUCUAUCUUUUUUAUUGUCAGAUCAGAGAUGUGUAAACUUAACUAAGUGUGGGUAAGUUUUUGUUUCUCUUGGUGGGACUAUACUACGAGCUUUCCAAAGUAGCAUUAAGUCAGCAGACUGAGUGUGUGUUUGGUAACUAUUCUCAC